AUGGUUUGGAAAGUCGCCCUUCUUUCAGCCGCUUCAGUUUUAGGCGUCAAUGCUGUUACUACCAAUUACACUUCUAUAACCAAUCCUUUGAACGUUACUAUUCCCAACAUUCCUCAAACCACAUCUCAUGAUGAAGUUACUCAAUGUACAUAUUAUCAGUCACCUUUCACUAUUAACCAAGCUGAAUGGCCAACUGUCUGGGGUACAGCCACUUCUAAUGGCAUGAAUAAUACUGCUGAAUUCAAAGCUUUAUAUAACUCCAUUGACUGGUCGAAGGCUCCUAAUAUCCCUGUGAGACAGGUAAAUGCCGAAGGUGGCCUAGUCACUGAGGGUUAUGACGCUGCCAACGAUCCCGAUUGUUGGUGGUCUGUCGCUCAAUGUACUCAACCCAAGCGUGAAGGCAUUAACCCCGAUAUCCGUAAUUGUCCCGAACCUGAGACCUGGGGCCUUACCUUUGAUGACGGACCUAACUGCUCCCACAAUGCUUUCUAUGAUUUCUUACAAGAAAAGAAGCAAAAAGCUACCAUGUUCUAUAUUGGUUCCAACGUUUUGAACUGGCCUUAUCAAGCCCUCCGUGGUGUUAAGGAUGGUCAUCAUAUCGCUGCCCACACCUGGUCCCAUAAAAUGAUGACUACUCUUCCAAAUGAAGAGGUUUUGGCUGAACUCUACUAUACCCAAAAGGCUAUCAAGUAUGUCACUGGUGUCACUCCUAAGCACUGGCGUCCUGCCUUGGGUGAUUUAGAUGAUCGUGUUCGUUGGAUUGCUACACAAUUGAACUUGACUGCUGUUAUUUGGAAUUUGGAUACCUUCGAUUGGGCUGCUGAUGUUGCUGAAGGCAUCACUACUGCAACAGUUGAAAACUAUUAUAAUCAAUAUAUCGAAAUGGGUAAAAAUGGUUCUUUCACCAACUCUGGUAACAUUGUCUUGGCUCAUGAAAUCAACAACAAUACCAUGAGCUUCUUUAUGAAGUAUUAUCCUGAAAUUAAGAAGGCUUAUAAUCACGUUGUCGAUGUUGCUACCUGCUACAAUAUCACUCAUCCCUAUGUUGAAGAACAAAUUACUUGGGCUCCUUUUGGUGCGAAUCAAGGUGCUAACACCACUUCCAAUGCAAGCGCUAAGGCCGAUAUGUCUGCUACUAAAUCUGGCGCUAAUGCUUCUGCUAAGGUGAACGGUGCCUUAUUCAUUGCGGCCAUCUUUGGCCUCUUCAUGCUUUUCUAA